UCGAAGAUUCUUCUUUUGUCACCUAAUUUUGUCAACUGUUUGAGGCGCGUUUCACAAAAUUGGUCUUGAUUUCACGAAUUUGGUGGUUUGUUGCGAAAGAAACGUUCUUUCACUGGCGCUGCCGCGAUGCGAUGGUCUCUCUCGACAGUUCUCAGCUCUUCCACCAGUCACAGACUUCAACAAAAGCGGCGAAGAGUUCAUUCCUGAUUGAUGAUAGAAGACGGGUAGGAUUACAGUGCAUGCAUCCUCACCACUCCCUGAUUGAUGGAAUCCUCCCAUUUUCAAGCUUCAAGAGGUUCAGUAGUCAGGACCUGAGUAGUACAUGCAAGAGUGAGAAUCCCAUCUCUGAGCCCAUAUUUCACGAAGUUAUUAGUUUCAAGAACAAAACACGCAAACAAUUCAACCGACAACACAGUCAAUUCUCCAAUCUACAAAGCAGCUAGCUAGCCGAGAGAGACAGAGUCAGCCAUGGUGACCGCCUCUAAACCAUACGAAGAACGAUGGUCCUUGGAACAAGUAGACGAAUGUGUCCAACUGUGGAAACUGAGCUUUGAACAAACCGACAAAUUGUUAGAGUUCAAGACUCGUGUGGCCGACAUUGACCACUGGAAGAACGAUCCCUUUGAAGUGGUUCGAUUUCUGGUCGAGUUCAAGUUUGACUUGAAAACGACCGAACGCAAGUUUCGGGCAUCGAUUCAGUGGCGCAUCGACAAUGGUGCCGACACCAUUCUCGAAGACUACACACCGCCGGCCCUCUACAACUAUUUUCCUCUGGGAGUACUGGAAGGAGCCGAUCGUGACAACGACCCAAUAUACAUCGAAAGAAGCGGUGCUGCUGAUACACUCGCCUUGUUGCAUCGCUUUGGCAAGGACGAAAUGAUCAAACAGGCCAUUUGGGCCAAGGAACUCAUGACGCGAGGACCGUGGCAACAAGAGCAAUGGAGACAUGGUCGAGUCAAGUACUUUACGACCAUUUUGGAUUUGAAAGGACUCAAUCGACAUCAUAUGAAUCCAUCUCUGGUUCCAGUGGGGCAGGCUGUCACCAGGUUGGUGCAGGACAAUUACCCGGGCUUUGGAAAGAAAAUCCUGGUGGUUCGAGCACCCUACAUCUUUCGCUUUGUGUGGAACAUUUUCAAACACUUUGUAGACCCCAACGUCAAAGAACUCAUCGAAAUUGCCACGGAAAAAGAAACCGAAGAAAUACUGGAACAGUACAUGGACUUGAGUGUUCUCCCGAAAGAGAUUGCACCCAGUAAAGGCCAAGGGACAUCCGUACAAGGCUAUGAAACCAUUUGGGAAGGGGGGCCCUUACCUCCGACCAGUAAAGAUGAUUGGAAUCGACGAGCGCCUGUAUUCCCACAACAACAACAAAACCCAGCACAAGAACAGCCCAUCACAACAGUGCAACAAUCCACUUCCAACGCAGAGGUGGAAGUGUCCUUGGCCAAAAUACCUUCCAUUAAAGCAAACAUGUCGGGAAGCACAUGUGGCGCAUCCGUCUCCAUUACAUCUUCCACGGACGAAUGGGAACGAUUGCCACAACCCGCGCUAUCCAAAAAGAACAUUCAGCAAGCGUGGACUGUUACUCCGUCUCCCGUCUACAAUUUAGAUGAGGUUUGGCGACAGGAUCGCUUGGAUGACAUGUCGCAGCUGUGGGGAUUGACACAGAGACAGCAACAAGACAUGCAAGAAUUGAGAAACAGAAUUCAGGACAUUCAUCAUUGGAAGAACGAUCCCUACGAGGUGGUGCGCUACUACGUGGAAUUCAAAGGUGACCUAGACCGGUCGGAACACGCCUUUCGAAAAAUGAUUGUCUGGAGAGUAGAGAAUCGAAUGGACAACUUUUUGCAACAAUACGGAGAACCCGAUCCACUCUUUUUGCACAUGCCCAUGUGCAUUUUGCGUGGGACGGACAAGGACGGUGAUCCAAUAUUUCUGGAUAGAAUUGGCGCUUGCGACUACACCUCGCUGCUCAAACACUUUGGACAGGAUGGAGUCACGGACUAUGUUACAUUUGUCCGAGAACUCAACAGUUGCCGCCCGUUCUGGAAGCCGUACGAAUUUCACGUUUUGAAGCAGCAGAGGGUACGAAGCUACACGGUAAUCAUCGAUUUGGAGGGAUUGACUCCAGCCCACGCCCGGCCUGCGCUGUUGACACUCUUGAAUCGAACCUCUCGGAUAGCGCACUACUAUUCGGGCUGGGCCAAGCGUAUUCUGAUUAUUCGGGCACCGCCAAUCUUUCGACUUGUGUGGGGACUCGUCAAGGGAUACUUUGCAGUGCAUGUGCGAGAUAUGAUUGAGUUUGCUGGACACCAUAGCUAUCAGGUCUUGCUGGACAAGUACAUCGAGAGAGAAGUGUUGCCUUUCGUUAUUUGCCCCGAGGGCAAAGGCGGCCCCAUGCCAGGGUACUACGAAGAUGUCAAACUCGAAGGAGGGCCAAUUCCGCGCGAAGCCUUUGAUCGGGUCCCUACUACCGUCAGCUUUCGGCAAUCUGCAUCCCCAACUACAUUCGACAAAAGCCUUGCAAAAGGGGCGUUUGUAUGCCAAUCCGCCCCCAUGGCACCAACGAGUACAUGGGAUGAUGAUGAUUCUGAAGAUCCGCACUCUCCAGUCGCCGCCAGGCGGCUACUAAUAGGAACCUGGGAGGCAGACGAGGGCGCACGAAACACCUACGAGCGGAGUGAUUCUAUCACGACGUACACGUUGACCAAGGGAUGAUAUCCCAUUGCUUUCUAGCUACCGGUAGUGCAGUUGUAACCUUUGUAAAUGUACCGCUUCGUUCAUGUAGUUCGCAGCAACGCUCUGUCCUUGUGCA